CGUGCUCGACCCUUCUUGAUCGAAGUCGUUCUCACGGUUAGUCUGUCCUGCUUCAUGUUUCCCCGCAACCUGCUUCGACGGAUUCCAAAAAACACGAGCCUGCAUUGGCAAAAUGCAGCUGCGAAUAGAAUGUUCUCGCUAAUUGGACACGUCCCAUUGAAAACGCGGGCUCCGCCAGCGACUCACUUUUACGUGUGCAGACGGACAUUGAGUACACCUGCCCCCAUGGUCAAUGUCAGUGAUCUAUCUAUGGAGCACUAUCACGCACUUUCGGACGCGACCAUGACAACUUUACUCGAACGGCUUGAGGAUUUGCUGGACGCAGCAGGAAAUGACGCGUACGAAGUAGACUAUCAUAGCGGCGUCCUAACGCUCAACUUAGGCACCCAUGGGACAUACGUGAUCAACAAGCAGCCGCCGAACAAGCAAAUAUGGUUGUCUUCCCCACUCAGUGGCCCCAAGCGCUAUGAUUACGUACCAGAAUCAGAUGACUGGCGAUACUUGCGAGACGGAAUGGGACUUGGGGAGCUGCUGGAUGAGGAGCUUACGGAUAUGCUCCGAUCGAAAGUCUCCCUGCAUCUAGAGGGUGUGUCUAUGCAGAUACAAGAGUAGAGUCGUCACGAUUGGUUC